AUGUACGAAGUUAAUGGCAUAGACCACGUCAAUACUAAAGUGGAUGCGCUUACUCAAAAGAUUGAAAGCUCGGUCAUAACACCAACAACUACCGUAGCUGCUAUAACACCAAACUGUGAAUUAUGUGGAACCCCUGGGCACACUAAUGAUAAUUGUCAGUUAUUGGUUGGUGUUCCCACUGACCAAAUAAACUAUGCUCAAGGAAACUCAUAUUCAAACACUUACAAUCCUGGUUGGAGAAACCAUACGAACUUUUCCUAUAAAAGUAACAAUGUUUUGUUUCCACCAAACCCAACACCUGCUAUUCCACCUGGCUAUCAAAAAGGAGCCCAUGUUGCUCCACAAGCACCUAGAAAGUCAAAUCUGGAGAUCAUGAUGGAAAACUUUAUGAAUGCCCAAGCUUCACAAAACAAAGAAUUUGCAAAUCAAAAUGCUCAUACGAGUGAAUUCAUGAAACAAUUGUCGAAUAAGUUCGAUGAUAUGGCUACCCAUAACAAAAUGUUAGAAACCCAGAUCUCCCAAGUAGCCCAACAACAAGACGCAAUAGCAGACCUAGCUGGAGCAUUUCCUGGUAAACCACAACCAAACCCACAAGGCCAUGCUAACGCUAUCACACUUCGAAGUGGAACAGAAUUAGAUGAACCAAUUGACCCAAGAAUCCAAAAUCCGACCAUGUACCAAAAUUCUAGUAAGGGAACCGAAAAGGUAAACGAACCAACCAAUGAUGGGAAAGAAGACGAAAGCGGAAAGGCAAAAGAUAAAGAACCACCUUAUGCGCCUCCGCCACCAUACAAACUACUUAUACCUUAUCCCCAAAGACUUGUUAAGUCCAAAAAUGAAGGACAAUUCAAGAAAUUCGUAGAACUUCUAAAGCAACUUAAUAUCACUAUAUCAUUCACAAAAGCCAUUACGCAAAUGCCUUCAUAUGCUAAAUUCCUUAAAGAUAUUCUAUCUAACAAGAAAAAGCUUGAGGAUGACGAAACUGUUAUGCUUACCGCUGAGUGUAGCACUAUUAUUCAAAACAACAUGCCUCAUAAACUAAAAGACCCAAGUAGUUUUUCCAUACCAUGUGUAAUUGGAAAGUUUAUCAUAGACAAAACUCUAUGUGAUUUAGGAGCUAGUGUUAGUUUAAUACCCUUAUGCACAUGCGAAAAACUCAAUCCAGGAGAAUUAAGACCAACAAAGAUGUCUCUACAACUAGCUGGCCAUUCUGUUAAAUUUCCAGUAGGUAUGCUAGAGAACGUUCCCUUUCGUAUAGGACAAUUCUAUAUUCCCACCGACUUUGUAAUAAUGGAUAUAAAGGAGGAUUCCCACAUCCCUAUUAUUUUAGGAAGACCCUUUUUAGCCACAUCCGGAGCCAUCAUAGAUGUGAAGAAAGGUAGGCUAACAUUCGAAGUUGGAGAAGAAAAAGUUGAAUUUCUCUUAGCUAAAUUCCUACAAGCACCAGCUAUAGACGAAUCAUGUUGUUUCUUAGACGUCAUCGAUGAAUGUGUGAAAUAA